GUAGGUGUUAGUUAGUGCAGCUCGGCAUAGGCAAAAACAGGAAAUCUGUAAUUUGUUGUUUCUCAUAUCAUAUCCGUCUCGACUGUACAUACAGUUAAGAUUAUCAGAGUGGUGGCGAGGCGAGGCGAGUACUAUUCCAAUUUUCAUGAAUGUCAGCCUCAACGGAAGAAGAUCAAAUUCAACUACUUACAUCAACUGAUGAUGAAUACAGCGGUGUUAUAGUCGAAUUAAUGGAUCACCCUAUCAUGGAUUCUACAACCUUCUUAUCCAUUCUUAGACCUUCAAUUUCUAACUGGAAACAACAGGGCAAGAAGGGUGUUUGGAUAAAAUUACCUAUUCAUCUGGCCAACCUUGUGGAAACUUUAAUUAAGGAAGGUUUUUGGUAUCACCAUGCAGAACCAAAAUAUUUGAUGCUUGUACAUUGGAUUGCAGACAGUGCAAACACCAUUCCUGCAAAUGCCACACACCGAGUGGGUAUUGGAGCGUUUGUGGUAAAUGAAAAACGAGAGGUUCUAGUGCUUCAAGAAAAAACUGGACAUUUUCAGGGAACUGGAUCUUGGAAAUUUCCUACUGGAGUUGCUGAUCAGGGAGAAGACAUUUGUGCAGCAGCAGUAAGAGAGGUCAAAGAAGAAACAGGAAUAGACUCCGAAUUUGUGGAAGUAUUAGCAUUCAGACAAAGCCACAUGACAUUCUUUGAGAAGUCAGAUUUAUUCUUUGUGUGCUUGUUGCGCCCACUUUCUUUUGACAUCAAAAUCCAAGAGGUAGAGAUAGAAGCUGCAAAGUGGAUGCCAUUUGAUGAAUAUGCAGCUCAGCCAUUUAUGGAAAAGUAUGAGGUUUUGAGGUACAUUAAUGACAUAUACUUGGCAAAGAUUGAUGGACAUUAUUCUGGAUUUACCCCUAUAUCUACAAAAUCAAACUUCUCUAACCAGCCAAAUAGCCAUUUUUAUUUGAAUGCUGGAGGCCUUAAGAGGAGUAAUUCAUUGUAAAAUUUAUUCGUUGUGUGAACAAUCUCAAAAACUUAUUUUCAUGUUUGAAAUUACAACCAAUUGAAUUGUAACUAUAAUAAUGUCGCUGUCAUGUCACAUAUAGAACAUAAGUGGAAGCAAUAAAACAGUUUCUUUUGUACACCUGGAA